AGCAGUCGGAGUGAGGAGAACAGGUUGAGAGGAACUGGAGGCUUGUACAUUCAAAUAUUGUUGGUUGCAUAUUGUAACCGGUCACAACACGCAAGCUGGAAGGGCUCAGCGCAGCCUGGGUGCCCAGGGAUCCACUGCCUGAGUGUGGGGAGAGCUGUGGCCGAGACCCCAGAGACAUGAAUCACACCAAGGGCGGCCUGGUCAUCUUCACCGCAAACUCUCACCCCUCCAGCCGCGAGAUGGGCAAGAGGAUCGCAGAGCGGUUAGGGGUGGAGCUUGGCAAGGUGCAGGUGUACCAGGAAGCUAACAGAGAAACGAGGGUGCAGGUUCAAGAGUCGGUGCGAGGCAAAGAUGUCUUUGUGAUCCAGACGGUGUCCAAAGAUGUGAACACCACCAUUAUGGAGAUGCUGAUCUUGGUGUACGCAUGCAGGACAUCCUGUGCCAGAAGCAUCACAGGCGUCCUCCCCUACUUCCCCUACAGCAAGCAGUGCAAGAUGAGGAAGAGGGGCUCCAUCGUCACUAAGCUCAUCGCCUCCAUGAUGUGUAAAGCAGGUCUCACCCACCUGAUCACCAUGGACCUCCAUCAAAAAGAGAUUCAAGGCUUCUUUAACAUCCCUGUGGACAAUCUGAGAGCGUCCCCCUUCCUGCUGCAGUACAUCCAGGAGGAGAUUCCCGACUAUAGAAAUGCUGUAAUUGUUGCCAAAUCUCCAGCUUCUGCCAAAAGGUAGGCUCCCCUCC